AUGCCACUGAGGACAUUGCUGCACAGAAAGCCGGCCUCCGGCCGCUGGCCCAGCAGGAACAAGCGGAGGGAGGUGCUCUCUGUCAACAUGAUCAGCCUACCGCUGGGCGAUUUCCGCCACCUCUCUCACAUCGGAAACGAUGCCAACAGAGACAGCUUUGGAGAUCUAUCCUUCCUGAAGAUGGGCCACGGCCUGCUCCUUCAGAGUUCCCAGAGUGAGCAGAACCUCUUUCUGGCCUGUUCGCCCCCUCCGAAGCCCCCCCGUUUGAACCUGGACGAGACAGACAGCACGCGGAGCCCCGACUGGUCUGUGGAUCAGAAGAGGAAGAAGUGCAGCUCCAUGCCACUGCUGGACAGUGAGGAAGGAGAUGAUGGGGAGGGAAAGGCGGAAGAGGGGUGCCGAGGUCAGAGUAACGGCGGCCCUGUUCCGGCCCACAGGCCAGCUCUGGGCAGUGUGAGUUCGGACAGGGAGGCAGAGUUUACAGAGAGCUGUGACGCUCUGACCGGACAGACGGAUGAGGACAGCGGCUUUUCAUUCAGCCUCGACCUGGGCCCUUCAAUCCUGGAUGAUGUUCUGCAGGUGAUGGAAAAACUACACAAAUGA